GGACAUGAUAAAGGAGGAGAAGGGUUUAAAAAGCAGACCUCCUUCCCAGUUAAGGACCGUGUUGCGAGAGGCUGAGCUUUGUACGACUGACGAACACUGCAAAGAUCAGAUUGUGUCUCAGACUCCAGCUUCAGAGCAGAUAUGUCUUUCUUUACAACUGUGGCACUCCUGGUUAUUCUGGCCAUUCCUGAGGGUACCAGUCAGGGGGGUCAAGGAGUGCCUCUGCGAUGUCAGUGCAUCAACAAGGAGAGUAAGCCCAUCGGACGUUGGCUAGAAAGGGUGGAGGUGAUCCCUGCCAGCUCUCACUGCACAAAAAUUGAGAUUAUUGCCACUCUUAAAAAAGAUGGGGGAGAGAUCUGUCUGGACCCUGAAGCUCCGUGGGUCCAAAGAGUGCUCCGGAGAUUGGAUCAACGAACACCUUGAAGAAUAACGGACCGGGACACGUUUUCAUUUACACUGAAGCUUAAAGCGGACACAUAAAGCACAAAGAGCUUGUUCUGUAUCGCAGGAAGGGUUCACGUGGCAGCGGUUGUGCCUAUAAAUCAUCAACACAACAACGAGUGCGGACACAAACGAGGCUUUGUUCUGAAGAGCGUCACACUUUCAAAGAGCUGUUUUUAAAAGCAAUUACAAUAUUUGUAUUUUCUCUUUGUAUCUUUUAUUUUUUGUAUGAAUCAGUAAAUGUACAGAAUUGUAAUAAUAAUAAUAAUAUAUAAACAUAUUAAUACAAUUUGUUCCUUAUUCUUUAAUGCUUAACAUCAGGGGGAAAGGAGAUAUAUGGAACAUGAAAGGUCUACUUGAAGGCUGUACGACGUUUUUACAGACUGAAUGAAUUCUUUGUAUGAAUUUAUACCUUUAACAUAACGUUAUUAUGCUAUCUUCGACAAGGUGGUUAUGUGUAGGAUCAUGUAAAAACUACUGAACCGAUUUCAAUGAAACUUGGUGAAAGGGUGCACCAUGGGCCAAGGAGCUUCUGGAGCAGAUCCAUAUUUCUUUUUUUACAUGAUUUAACAUUGAAGGAUAUAGGGUGUUAGCCUUGGCAGAGGUAUGCACUUAUUAAUUAGACAUUUUGAAUGAUCCCAUUCGAAAUCAUGCAUAUGCAAUACAAACAUGUGUAUACCCACCGUAUGUUUAAUUUGAUAUUUUCUUUGAUAUUACACCUGACAUUUUCAGGUUAGAUUCCCCUGGGGUCAGAGAAGAUCUGUGUAAUUUGUCUCUUUAUUAAAAUAAAGCAUUUUUACAAAA